ACGGAUCAACGUAGCCCUUUUUUUCCACAAUAUCUGUUGUUACUGCUCUCGCUUUCCGGCAAGAAAACUUCUGACACCUCAACUCUGGGGUCUCUAAUCUAUUCCAAGUAGCCGCAAUCAAGCUUUGAAAAGCAAUACCCCUAAUAUAGUAGUUCUUCGAUUGUUUUAGAGAAGUUUGAAUUAUUCGCCAGAGAUCCUUAAAUCCGUAGAUCCCACUUGAUCCAUUUUCCAAUGCCUCGCCAGCCUUUAGUAGAUACACCAGGACUUCCCCCGUACGGCCAGCGCAGCUCAGAGCGACGGAAGGAGCAAAAUCGAAUAGCUCAGAGGCAACUCCGAGAGCGCCGACAGCAGCAAGAGGCGGCUCAAGCAUUGAAACUACAGCAACAGCAAAAUGAGAUACGCAGACUGCACCGUUUGAUCACAGAAUUGCGGAACGAAAACUUUACUCUCCGGAGUCAAAGCCAUACCCGACGCCGACAAUCCGUUAUACCAAUCUCAUCACUUUCCAGAGGCUUAGUUAUGCCACAUCCGCAUCCACCUACAACGACACCUGGUCCAAUGGUACCAACGCUCGAGUCGGCCUGUAAUAAGCCUUUCCUUGCGAGGCACAGUAUCGACUACUCGUCCCUCCAUGGGGCUGGAAUCGAUACCUCUGAUUCAUCUCAUCGUCUGCAUGAACACAAAUUUUUUAAAAGUUGGAGUAGUGAUGAUCAACGGGGUCCGAGCUUUGCCUCCCAUUUACGGCCACCAGGGGCAAGGAGUGCUGUUUUGCACCCAGCACAGCUGGCUUAUAAUCACCAGGCUUCCCGCUCCAACACUUCGGCGGAGCUUAUAGACCAGAAGGCUCGUCCUGCUGAGAGCUUGUACGGGCAAACUUCCUCUCCUGAGAUGAGCUCCGUGCCCGUGGAAUCCAAACCUCCGACCUCAAAUUGGUUAUCACGAAAUACCACACCACCAAUGGGGGAUGGUGCUAGGGACCCUCCGACAAACGCUUGGGCAAGUAGCCCGCAAAAGCUCAACCGAAGUCCCCAACUUGAAUUUGCCUCUAAGACGGAGAACAAUUUCUUUGCACCAUCUUCGGUCAAUUUGGCUUCUUUUUGGCCCGCCGAAGUCUUCGAUACCCCUAAUAAGCACAACAGUCACGGAGAUGUAGAUCAGUUCUCCGCAUCCACCUUAUCAGUAGUUCCUUCGGAAUUCUUUCCUGCUUCCAAUCCAUUUAUGGCUAGCGAUCGAAUUCAACCACGAAAGACGAGUGCAAGUACUAGCAGCGAUUCUAACUCCGUUGCCCCGAACUCGGACGAAUAUUCAUCUCUCUCUUCUAUGAGUAUCAACUCAGCUCAUUUCCCGUUUUUCUCGCCAGAAAUACUUUCGCAUCAUUUCGCCCGCUCUGCAUCACCCACAGCAACUGGGAGCUCUCCAGAAGCACAGGUUGAAGAACGAAAUUUCAGUGAUGCAAAUGCGACCAAUCAAUUUAGGUCUCCCUUCUCAGAAAGCAAUGAUUCUGAAAUAAAUGGGCAGUCAAACUUUGGAUUGUCCUUCAGCUGGAUCGAAACCGAGAAAUCCAACAUGGAGGCCUUAAGUCCCUUGCCGCCUCAUGCGAAACCAAUGUGUUUGGACGUGAGUGAAAUUUGGGAGUGCGACCUAUAAUUAUAUGAUUCUCUGAGCUGGGUUUCCUGGCUAAUUCUCUUCAAUUUUUCGGUUGCUUGAACCUUAAGAUCAAAUCGGUUUUACCCAUUCCAAUUCCAUUAAUUGCUAUCAUCAUCGAUUGUUCAAGAAGUUUAGGAUCUUCAUUCAUACUUCAAAAUUGAUCAGUAUCUUGUGCCCGUGGCUUGAUUGUAGUACUGAAAAUUUGUAAUUUUUAACGUAGCUUUACCAAAUAAAGCCCAUCAGGCGUAAUAUUCAUCGGUUGGAACAUCAGAAGUAACAAAAGUUUGAUGUGUAUUAAUUUUUUUUUUGAUUUGAAUUGAAACGCUUUGUAUCUUGAUUUGAAUUAAUCUCAGCCGUGAGUACCAUUGAGAGAGACUUGUCGUGUUCAUUGCAGCAUACCACAACCCACGUUAGCG